AUGUCCCAACUACAAAGGCGCGCACUUAAGGGAGAGAAAACAAUGUCGAAAAAGGCGCGCGCGAAGCGUGAGGCCGGGCUCUCUCCCUUUCAGUCCCCAAGUGCCUCUGGGGCACCUUCUCCUGCAGUAUCGCAGCCAAGCUCACGGCCGGGCUCACGGCCAGGCUCACGACUCAGCUCGCGCCCCGCGAGUCACUAUGGAUCCGAUGAUGAGUUUGAAGGCGAUGAUUACCUUGGAUUCGAGGACUCAGCUUCGGCUUCUUCAGGGGAGGAGGGUCUCACCUGGGCAGACCGUCUACUUGAUCUCAUCCGCGAGCUUCAAGGCCACAAAGACCAGAAGCGCACGAGUGUCCAAGAUCGCGAGUUGGCUCUUGCAGGUUACAGCCAUAUUCUCAGACACCAUUACGCAGAGGAGCAUCUUUCCUCUGUCCUCGACGAUAUCCUUCCCACUUUUUUGAAGCAGAUCCGGGCAGGGCGCAGCAACAAGGAGCGCGCGCGCGCAUUGCAGGCUUUCACUCUUACACUUCUUACCUGCCCUUCCGAUAAAGAUUACGAGCAGGCCAUUUCGGCUUUGAAGACUGUGUGUGAGGACGUGGAAGACAAUAAUGUCAAGAUUGAUGCUAUCCACGCGCUCUGUGUUGCCGUGAUCUAUGGCGGGGGCAACAAUGCCGCAACCGAAGAGUUGCUUGAUUUCUUCCUGGAGAUUGUUUCAACUGACGGAGAUUCGGUCAGAGCUCCCGAUGAUGGGUCAGUGGUCACAGCUGCCUUGCAGGCAUGGGCGUUUCUCGCUACGCAUGUGGACGACUUGACGGUAAAGGGAGAAGAAGCCGUGGAGUCAUUUUUAGACCAGCUGGAUAGUGCAGACUCGGACGUCAAGGUGAAUGCCGGCGCGAACCUUGCGCUGCUGUUCGAAGCCGCCCGUGAGCAAGAGGAAGAGACUGGACAGAGCUUCAUCACGGCGUACAACCAGCAUCGCAUCAUGACACAAAUGGCCAAGAUUAUGCGUGACUCAUCAAAGACGAUAUCCAAGAAAGGCCGUCGCCACGUACGGACCAACUUUUCCAGCAUUGUCACCUCGGUCGAGCGUGGAAAGGGUCCCGGGUACUCGACCGCUGGCCGAUGGGGCAAUCCACACACGGGUGGAACUGCAGAAGAAGAAAUUGAUGGGGGUUUCGCUGAGUUUGGAUAUCGUGAAAAGAUUCGUCUUCCGAACCGGUGGAUAGUGAUCAAUACCUGGUUUCUUCGGGCCCGGGCCGAGCUUCUGAAGACAUUGCUUGGUGGAGGAUUAUUGGUCCAUUAUGAAGAGAACCCAACUGUUAGAGAGCUCUUCCGCGGGGCGGAUGUUGAAUUUACUCCGGCCAAGAAGUUUAGAAAGUGA